GAGAGAGAGAGAGAGAGAGGGGAUGAGACAGGGUAAAGGAUGGAGAUAUUAAAGUGCCUACGGUGAAGCCACGACUGAAGAGAGGGGACACGGUACUCAGUCGGAGCUCGACACUCGACGUCGUGAGAUCGUCGGGCGUGUGUUGUUAAUAAUAAUAAAAAAAAAAAAGGAAAAGGAAGAGCUGGUGUUAGUGGUUUUUAAAAUUUAAAUAAAAUAAAACGUUUGGUUUGUGGGAGCACGUUGCAAGACAGUUGAUUUAAUUUUUGUUUUUGUGUUAAUUUUUCCUUUUUUUUUUUUCGUUUUUUUAAAUUUUCAUUUUGUGUGGAAUCUUGAUUUAUCGAGCGUUGGACGGACAAUUUCGGUGGUUUUUCUUUUUUUUUUUUUUUUUGGAGUUUUUUGAAAAGUUCUUGUGGUUUUUAUUUUUCCUGAGGGAUUGAAAGCGUCCGGGGGAAGAGUAAUAAAAGAAACGUACAUAAAAGUUAAGAUUACCCACCAGCGUGAAGAAACAACGUGCCUUUUUGUGUACUGGGUGAUAUAAGAAAAAGAAAAAAAAAAAACGGGGAUUGAGGCUGGUGUUUGUGCGGUUAAUCUUCCGGAGGACGUCAUUUGCCGGUGAACAAAGUAAAAUAACAUACCAGUGUUAUCCGUGAAGAAAGAAAAAAAUAAUAAUAGUGUUGUGGCCGUCGGUGGAGGGACAAAGGUAGCCCUGAGAUUCUCUAGCUCUUUUUUUUUUUAUUUCAUACAAUCGAAAAUUGAGAGCCGUGAGUGAAUCGACCAGCGGUGACACUGAGAUAUUAAUCGACCAUCAGUUCCUCAUGCACAAGGGUGUCCACUUCAUUUGUGCAUAAUCGAAAAUAUGAGGCAUUGACAACUGACAUUGGAAAAGGACGAAGUUGAAGACAAGAGGAAUAAAUAUUUUUUUUUUUUCGAAAAAUUAAAAGAAUUUGUCACGAUAAAAUAUUAUUCGGAUAAUCAGAGGAGGCCUCAUUGCUUAGUACUCACAUGCCUUGUACGUGAGGACUCGCCCCCCCACGUGUAGAGACUAAGAGAAAAGGAAAAUUGAGAGGUUUGCCACCAGUCUGUUGGAUAUACCAUACAUUAGUCCAACCACUGGCUAACACCUCUAGUCAACAAUUAACAUAUUCAAAAAUUUAUUUUUGACAAAACUAAUCAUCAGUUAAAUCAUCCCCCACUGCCUAUUCUCCCACAAUUCAACACCAGACAUCACCAGCGAGUGUUAUAAAACAGGAAAAUCAUUUGGAAAAUGCGAGAUUGAGGCGUGUGAAGUUUCCCGAAGUUCUGCGGGUACGUCGAGGGGUAGGGGGAGUGAAAUAAAGUGAAAAAAAAAAAAGAGAGCCCUCGAGAAGAAGAAAGCCAGCCGAAAGGAAACGAUAAGGGCGAGGACCGAAGCAAAAACCUGGGGGCGCAGCUGGAGGAAGGAGAGAGAAAUGACAGAGAGAGAGGGUAACAGGACCUGCUGGUAGUUGUGGCCGCGCCUCGUCGAACGCUGAAAAUCGAUCUUUGUACGUUGAUAUCUACACUGCGAUACAUUUCCAAUCUCCUUCGGCCACUUUUAUACCAUUUUUAUUUCUCUUCUUUUAUCAUAAAAAAAAAAGGGGCGGCCGAGGGAGGGGUGUGUGGAGGGGUAAAUUCUCACCACACCGUCAUCCCGGCGAAACACCUCGGAGCGCUCACUCGUACCCGGCAAGACGAAAAUUGCUGAGGUGAAAUCGAUACGCAGACAACGUCUGGUCGGUCUGUGUGCUGUAGCUCCUUAACCCCCUUAAGAACCCCACUGUAGGGGGAAGGGGGGGGUGAAUCGAAUGAAGCCACAUCCUGGGUGGGUUAUGGUGAAGCUAUAAAGGGUGGAUACCCUUGCUGUGCAUCAUUGUUUUGCAUCUAUUGUCCGUUGUCUCGGUUCGGGGAAGAGAAAGAGAGAGACGAAAAAAAAAAUAAGAAAAAUAGAAACUAAAUCCCCCGAAACACGAUGAGAACGUGACGCAAGUCAGAAGCCACUGGCCAACAGUGAGAAAGGGCGUCGUCCAAUCUUACAUUAACAUCCACCGUCGGUCCCUGUCAUUACUUCCAACAUUUGGAAUAUCAAUGUGUUAAAGCCAUUGCCAAACGUUCCCUGAAUCAUCAACGACUAUCAGCAAAUAUGGCGGCUGCAUGUUACGAGAAGGAAGUGUCGAUAGAGAGUAUUAAUAGCCACAGUUUGGGCCAAAAUGCACAUCAUCACUUUCACCAUCAUUCACAUCAUCAUCAUCAUCAUCAUCACAGAAGUGGAAAUAUAUCGACGGCUAAUAAUAACAGUACACCAUCAUCUUCAACACCAUUGUCAUCAGCAAAUCGUUCAUCCGUGUCUGGUGUUACGGUAAUAGGACAGGGAAUAGUAUCGCCGACGGUUACCAAUGAUAUUGUCGUAUCCAAUGGUGGUAGUUACAAAGCUGAGCCAACGCCCGCUGGUAAUUUCAAGGACUACGCCCAACCGUUGCACGUUGAUUGCAGUGUUGAAUAUGAAUUACCAAGUCAAGCUAAACCACCACCAGGAGGUGGUGAGCCACUUCUCAUGAUUCAUCCGUGUUACUACAGACGUGCUGAACGUGAGAGACGUAGUCCAUUUGUUAAUAAUUUACCACCAAUGGUGACAUCAUCAGGACGUAAAAAUAGUAGACGUGAUACAACAGUCAAUCAAAAUCACUCGUCCAAGGUAAUGACUGGGGGUGAUGCUGCAUCAGUAGCAAUGGCUGUUGUUGCAACAGCAACAGCAGCUGUCACAUCAACACCCCAUACUAAUGCCAAUUCAACAAUUUUACUUGGUGAUGCAUUAACAGCCUCAUCACCCUCCACCAUUGCAAUCAAUACACUGAUGCAUAGAAAACAAACUAGACGGGAUGAGGAUUGCAAUAAUCAGGAUAAUGAAAUUGAUAAGAAACGACUGAGCCAGCAGCAUCGUGCUGCAGCCUUUACAACAGUGCCGAAUGCUGGUAAUCUCACAACUGCUGAUGAAAAAGCAGUUAUAUCAGGGAUUUAUCAGCACUAUUUUCGGGCAAUGCGCUCGCAUCAUCAGCCCCAUCAUCAUCAUCAUCUACAUCAGGAUGUUGAUCAGGGUCAUACACAAGUGCCACAACAGCAUCAUCAUAUUUAUGAAGACGCUCAUCUACAUGUUAAUUCAACAUCACUUACAUCAGCCAGUCCAGCAACUGGUUCAUUUAUUCAAAAUUUUCAAAUACCCACUGAACCAGUGUCAACUUCAUCAUCACGAAGACGAACAAAUAAUCAACAUCAUCCGUAUAGACGACAGUGUUCAAUAUCACGUCCACCAACGUCAAUUCCCACGAUACCAUCAUCAUCAUCAUCGAGUUCAAGUGUAUAUGCAACAGCUAUGAAUAGGCAUAGAGAGGCAUCACUUCAGGCAUUGAGAAUGGCUGCUGCUGCUGUUGCUGCUGCUGCUGCUGCUGCUACUGGUGGUAGUAGUAACAAUGGUACAACCGGUAGUUUCUACGAAGCACCAGCAUACAGAGCAUUACUACCAAGAAGCUAGGACCCGGUAAAAUUGUAUAAAUAUCAUGAUAUCAUAAUGUCAAUGGUAUCAUCAUCAUCAUCAUCAAAUCGCUCACACCAAAAUUCAAUUAUCAUAUUUUUCAUUAUAUUUGCGAUAAGCCUAGUCUCUUUAGUUUUACAACAGACAUUAAUAUUAUACAUUUUGGCCUCGCUGUUGCCUUCUCUAUUAUCAUCAUCAGUAUCAUCAGACGCAUCGCAGUCCAAUUCCACUGAAGUUACGAACAAUAAAACAACCAGUAAGAUAAUAUCGUACAGCACGAACGAUUUUCGCUCCAGCUUGUCUCCCCCACCCACUUCCACCCAUCGUUCGUAUUAUCGUCGGUACCUUUUUAUCCCCUCCUCCCUUCACUACAUCCAUUCCACUGGCACUCAAGCCCACCCCCCCACCCCAUCACCGUCAAAAAUGUGAACGCACGUGGAGAGAAGAGAACAGUACACGAUAGAAUCGUGCCAACCCUCCCUUGUCCAAGGCCCCCGCGUUGUUAUCCGCCUGCCAGACUGCCGCCACUGGGGCUCCUUUCCGCCUCCAUAUACCUGCUCGUCUACCUAACCCACACUAACCAUCAACUUCCAUCUAUUCUACUCGAACAAACCCUCCCUGUUCCCUAUUUCCCCAUCCGUAAAUACAUAGUGCAACCCACGUCUUCCUAAUUCAUCAACCAGCUUCACCAUCAUUUUUUCUCUUCUUCCUUUCCUCUCAUCCCGUGAAAUUUCACCGGUGCUCGGGAUAAUCGAACGAGCAGGAGGAUAUUCAGAGAAUGCAGACAAUUUUAUGAUGAUUUUUAUUUAUUUUUUUUCACACGUUUUUCAAGUUGAGAAAGACCAGGAGAGGAAAAUUUGCGAAAAGUUUAGGGAUCAGGAAUUUAACGUAUAAAUUGGACCUUCAGGAGGUGACAGACGGGAUGAAGGUUACUUUUGACACAGAAAUUAACCUCCCAAGUCUAAUUUAUGCAACAAAAUUUCACCCAAAAAAUCACUGAUUGUCAUUGUGUUCCACGUUUUGUCCUCUACUGGUCCAUUUUUUAUCCAAAAUUUCCUUCCACCUAAAAAUACAUUUUUCAAAUUUUUCUUCGCAUAUUUCUCCAACUCGACGAGGUUUUUCAGUAGAAAAUCCCUACAUGGACAGACGGGAAAAAUUUAACCCAGGAAUCAUCAAAAAUUAUUUUCACAUUUCCCAGCUCACAUGUACAUAAAAUAGGUCACUCAUAAUUUCACUAUUCUCCCCCUUUCCAACCCAUCCAUAAUGUAGCAAAAAUACCGAUGAUAUCAAUGCUUCCUUUAACCCCAUCCAUAAUCAUCCCCUUCAACAUAAUCUCUCAUUACUCCUCUCCUCUCCUCCAACCAAAUUCAUUAAUAUCACCUCAAAAUUUCCGAAUAACAUCCACAUUUAUUUAUCUCUCCCCCCCAACCCUACCCCCCUUUCUUAAAAUCAUCAAUCCCCCUUUCCCCACCAUCAUCACAUCCUUCGAUCCUCAUCUCCCCGAAAUAUAUUUCACUCCGGUAUUUUCCUCUCGAGGGAGGCCCCCUCGCGUUUUAAAAUCACCGGCUAACGAGCAAUUGCCUAACGAACUACGCUUGUCUCUACCCAUAUACGAUAUAUUUUCGUGACCCUUCCUCAUCCCCCCCUCCUCCCCCUCUCCCCCUUACCUCCCACAACCCUGGAUAUAUUCGUACCGUAUGUAACCAUAGCUCUCCAUGUGUACGUAUAUCAAAUCCCCCGUUGUACAUGGUAUACAUUGCAUAUCCAACGGUGCCAUUACCGUAUACUGUACAUACACAUACGUACAUUUACUUGUUUGUGUAUAUAUCUCGCGGUUGGUGGGCAUCAGGGGGGGCUUAUCUUCUCACUCUAUAUCACAAUAUCUAUCUCACUCAUUCACAUGGUUGCUAGGGUACAUAAGGGGCCACUAACAGAGACAGACGUACAACUUCUCUCUUUCAGGCGAAAACCGCUGCUACGAACGUAUGUUACAGUCCACGAGGCAUUCUAACACAGUCACGUUUGUGCACACACUGAUCCAGUAGGGGGGAUGGGGAGGGGAGGGGGGGGCAUUCUCCACGAAUAUUGGGGGCUUCUUUUACAUUCCCCUCUUAUACCUCUUUCAGUUUCAUGUUCCCUUUAGACAUGCGCCCAGUCCUGCAGGGCCAAUUUUUCCAUUCGAUAUUACGCGUAUAAUGUGCUACAUUCCCUUCUCUUUUUAAAGCAUUCCCAUUCAUCAUUCAUUCGGUUUCCUUUUUCUUUUUUUUUCAUCAUCCCCUCUCCCUUUACCCCCCCCUUGUGCUACUCGCAUCCCCUCGCGUCGUACUCCCGUGACUAACUCUCCUCAUCACUUGGUGAUUUUUUUUUUUUCUUUUUUUUCUUCUCUAUCUCUGUCGUUUCUAUGGAUUCAGUUGGAGAAUUAUGUAUACAGAGCAAGUAACUGAGUUUGUGUAUAUAUUAUUUAUGUUUGAGAUAGUUCGCGUUGAGCCAAAGAUAUGAGAUAUGAUGGAAUAGAGAAUUGUUCGAGCUGUACGUUAAGUUGAUUAUGAAUUUAGUUUUUGGGAAUUUUUGUAUUGUUGAGUUGAUGAUGGAAGAUGGGCUGGACUGUUGGCCGUUGUUGGGCCGUGAGUUGUCCUCGUGCUUCGGUUUUUUUUAGGGCUUAUUUUUCCAUUCACGUGUGUGUGAGUGUGUCCCAUCUAGAUUUUUUUUUUACUGAGAAAACAUCGUGACGCUGGGUGGUUUGGGUUUCAUAGGGGUGGGUGAGAGGGGGUGGAGGAGGAGGGGGUAUUGGAUUAGCCGAUCGAUUGUACGUGCAUUUCAAGUCUGAAAUAGUUAUUACGACGGGGUAAUGGAGGAAAAGUGCUUCACGGGAUCGGUAAUCGUUGACUAGUUGAUUAAUCAAGUGGAAAAAUCAAUUUAACGCAAUUUCGAAAUGUGUUUUUGUGGGUAUAUCACCGUAUCCAAGGGAGAUACUGAAAUAUUCAUUGAAACAUUUUUUGUAGAGCGUAAAACGAGUAACAAAAAAUGUCUGGGUGAGUAUUUCGAUAUCUCGCUUUGAUUUCGAGUUAUUUCCAUCAAUGUAAAAAAAAAAUGAGAACGAAAUUCGAUGAGAUUCACUUGGACAGCUGGUCCUGGUGAAAAAUUGGUGGAUUCCUUUGAGGAAGUUUAGUUGACCGCACCCUAGGGUUCUGGGAAGCCCUUACGACCUGAUCCUGGGGUACGUGGAUGUAACCCGAACAUUCCCGAGGAGGAUCGAUACCUUGAGGAGAAGUUUCUCGUCGAAAAUGUCUCUCAGACCCCCCCCCCCCCCCUAUCGGUAUCGAUCGUCUUUCGACGACUGGCAUCCUCUGUUCUCCAAGGCAUCCAAGUUUCAUCUGUUCUCUUUGUAAUGUUGGAGUCUUCGUUUGGAUCUUGAGAAUCACUUGGGGAGCACUUCUCUUUCAUUCCCGUCGUGGUGUCUCCUGCGUGAGACUGAGAGAGAUGAAAGUUCAGGGAGAACAAUGGGAGACGUGAGCACUGGUGUGUAUGGGGUAUUUUCGUGCCGACAAAAAGAACCGAUGAUAACUCUCGAUAACAAUAAUUUUUCUAAUCAAUAUUCGGAUAAUCAAUGACACUGGAGGGGGGGAGGGCGGACUGUGCCGUACAUGGUAUUACGAAAAUUAUAGUGAUUAGCGGAAAUGAAAAGUUGAAAAUAUGAGACAAAAAUAUUGAGGGGACUGGGAACAUGGACAUGUUCCCUGUGCUGACCUUCACAAAAACAUUGUGAUAAGAAUUCUUAUCGAUACUCCCCGUUAUAAAUCAAAAUUGUCUAUUGAGAAUUGUCAACAGCGUCUGGCCUUCACAUCAAAUUAACAUUCAUAAGAAAAAAUAGUUCUUUGAAACGAAUGAAGCUCAACACAGCGGAAUAUUCAUUGGUAUUUAGUGUAACAGUUGUGUGAGCAAAACAAAUUCAAUCGUCACUGAUAAAUAUUUUGAUUCUGAGAAUUAAUCGGAAAUCAAUAUUUCGCUGGUGUUGGCAUCAUGAUAUUUAAGAAAAUUAGAGAAUCAUCAGCAGCGUAUGGCCUUCAACCUAAAAUUAACGUUCAUAAAAGAAUCAUUAUUUGCAAAUGAAAGUGAAACUAGCGGAAUAUUUAUUAAUAUCUACUCAAACAAUUGUAUGAGCCAAAAAAAAAUGUUCGGAACUUGAAAAUAUUUUUCUCUCGCAGAUUCAUCGGACUUGAAAUCCGCCGCUAGUUUUAAGUUCAUAAUGUUGAAAAUAUAAUUAACGUGCAUAAAAAAAAAAUGGUUCUUGGGAGUAAAUGAAGCUGAAACCAGUGAGAUAUUAAUUAUUUACUCAAACAAGUGUACGAACCAAAAAAAAUAUUGUAAAAAAAUUCUGUAUGAGCCGAAAUAUUCCGCUAGUUUCAGCCUCAUCCUAAAUGAAUAGUCGGCAUGGAAAGAUAACAUUAAAAAGUCGUCGAGGAGAUAAUGAAGAGAAGAGCCGUCAUAUGGGGCAUUUCAUGUCAGCUUCCACGAAAAAAAAAAAAAAAAGUUGAUAAUAAAAUUGUCUAUAAAAAAUUACGGCACAAAAUUGCCAAGUCGACAUGCGAUGCCGGCAUGAAAUGCCUCAUCCGAAUAAUUACGAAAGCCGUUUGAAAUGAGUUAAAAGAGAAAAAAAAAAAUGAGAAAGAGCCGCAAAAAUUGUCAAUGUCCCAAUGCCAACACGAUGAUACCGAUGAGCAUAAGUUAAAUGAGGUUUAAAAACAAAUAUAAAAAGCCUAUGUAAGAGCCUGCAUUUACAUUUGAGAUCAUGUACAAGUCUUAAUAGUGUGAUACAAUUUCUACGCUUAUUCUCCGACUAGUAUUUUAAGGAAUUAAGUACUAUAUUGAAUACCAUAACAAGAGGCUGAAUCCAGUGGGUAAAUUGAGUUCAGGAAAUUUUUCAGGGUUUGAUUCCAAGAAUUGUGUAAAAAAAUUUUUUUUCUCCUGCACAUGAGUCUUCCCAUACCUCGGGAGUAUUUAAAAUCACCGAAUGGGCCUCGGGGAGGAAAAAAAAAAUUAAUUUUCAGGGGAUUAACGUAUUCCUAUGACCGAGAAUUUUCCGAAAAUACCUGACAAUGUCACGGUAAAUCCCCGAAAAUAAAACUCUAAUUUAUUGUCUCCCGACCCUGAACAAAAUUAUUCUCUAGUUUCAGCCUCAUCAUAAGCAUCCCCACCUGUCCCUCAAUUCCCUCCCCACCAUUGUACCUCGUUCCACAACAUAUUUCCUUUUAUUUCCAAGAAACUUAAAGACUGGGUAUUUACAGCGGUACGUACCCGUAUUAGGAUGAGCUGAGGAACAAUAAGAAUAAUGAAAGGGAAUAAUAAUGUUUGAGUAUGAAAAACAUUUUCCUCGCUAGAGUUUAACAGCUAGAUCUUAUAGAUUAUUAAUCAGUCGAUUCCUAAUGAGAAUUAAUAAUCGAGGGAGUGUAUUAACGGUGAUGACUGCUGGGUUUAUCAAACUCAUUGAAUAUUUUGUUUUUCUUUCUCUUUAGUGUGCGUGAUGCGUGAGAAUUUGUAUGUGCGUGCGUGUCGGUUUGUGUGAGGAGGGAAAAAUUGUAGAAUUGGAGCGAUUAAUUCGUUCGGUUCUGUUUUAUUCCGUUCUGUUCUUCCUUAUUUCUCGAUCUGAGACGGCACCGUCUGUCUUGGUGGCCAGUCAAUGACUGGAGAAUGAGAAAAAAAAAAUAAGUGAGAGAUGAUUCAUUGUGAAAUAUUCAAUUAAUAAUGUGAAAAUGAUUCGAUAGAUGGUUUGGGGAAACGUGGGAGUUUCCGCUUUGUACAUAGUUGUAUACAUAAACGCAUAGAUAUACAUAUUGUAUACAUAUAAACACUCCACUGACUGUAAAAUGCCAUCGAAAUAUAUUUAUAUUUCAUGUUAAA